UUGUAUUUGUGUUUUAUGAAUUAUUAUUGACAUAGGCAUCAUCCCAAUUAUUUGAUUACUUAUUAAAAACUUGUUUUCUUAAAAAACACAUUUUGUUCCAGGCAUUUCCAGGCGCAAUGCUAAGCGUAUGCUACUGUUAUUAGACACUAAAUACGAGCUAUCCAUUUAUGAUAUUUACACAUUAGGUACUGGUGUCCAAGUAAAGCUGUUGGCGAUCAUUGCUACAUACACGAUAGUUCUAUUGCAGUUUGCAUUAGAAUAGCCUGUGUUCAACGCUUCUCUUUACUAUUAGUUACCUAUAUACUGUUACGUUUAAACAUUAAAAAUUAUCUAGGUUUGAAUUUGUUGUAAUUAUGAAAACUGCAGAAUACUUAUCUAAUGACAUACUGGAAGAGAAUCAUCUGAGACUUUUCAGGCCAUUUCGUGCCAUACAAAUGAUGUUGGGUUCGUGCAGAGUGGACGCUAGAAAUAGAUUUGUAACCUCGCCAACAAAGGCACAAAAGCUUUACACGCUACUCUGUAUAGUAAUUUGCACAGCCUUAUAUAUAAGUGUCGCGGUCCACUUUUUGUCGAGAUUGUGGGCAUAUCAAAAUAUAUAUUACUUGACUAUGUUAGCAUUUGCAUUACAUUACUCAACGUUUGUCUGCAAUAUCGUACACGCCCGAUUCAUGAACAACGAUGAAAAUGUAAAGUUUUACAUGAAAACCCAAGAAAUCGAUCGCAAGCUGAAGAUUAAUAAUAACAAAUUCAUAAAUGACUUGAUAUUCAAUUCAAACAUAGUAACAGUUGGUACGAUGGUAGUAAUUUUAUUACUGCUGUACGCUACCGCUUUAUCCCAGGAUUUUAUAAUCUACAUCAGUUGCAGCGGAUUAUUUUACAGCAUGUUGGGUUGUAUGUUAGAAUGGUUGCAUUGUUCGAAUCUCCUAAUGGUUUUCUACAUUCGACUGCGCUACAUUAAUGCAAUAAUAACUAACCACAUCGAAGGCACGGAUGACAUAAAGAUUGUAGAUAUGAAUAAAGUGAUAAUUCCUAGUAUGAAAGUAUUGCGUUUCAUAGCAUCAAGUGCACAUGAUUUUAAUAAUAGCGAAACUGACAUUUAUCUAAGAGACAUUUUUGAGGAAUUAAUCAGAUUUCAGAACUUGUACCGAUUUCAGGUAUUUCUGUUUUGUUUCAAAUUUGUUACAAGCACUCUACUAGCUUUCGAGUAUAUGCUUGUGGCACUGCAAAAUAAUAUUUUGUUAUGGAUAGAGUACAUAGUUCUACCAACAAUAACUGCUGUCGAUUUGCUCAUAAUUAUCAUCCUUAGUAUACGAUGUGAAGCAUUCUCCAGGGAAAUUAAAAAGACGAAAUAUUUAUGUACAACUAUCCUAUCUCUAUAUUAUGGAGGACCUUUGCGACAGAAAGCUAUUAAAAUGCUGAAAAUGAUCGUAGAGAAACCACCACAGUUUUCAAUAUACGACAUGUGGUAUAUGGACGCUCCAACUAUGAUCAACAUGAUUAAUUUGGUCACAACACUCAUGGUCUCACUACUUCAGUUUGCUUGGCUUUAGGACCUUUGGGCGGAAACCUAUUAAAUGCUACAAAAAUGAACUACUGAACCGAUUUAGAAAAUUCUUUCACCAGUAAAAAGCUACAAUAUUCCUGAGUAACAUGGGUUAUAUUGUAUUUGCAAAAAAAUUAGAGAUCCCUACGUAAAUUGUAAUAAGCUACCUGUGCGAAGCUGGAGCGGGUCGCUAGUAUACUAUAAAUAACGUAUUUUCAAAUUACUAUUAACGAAAAAAAUUAAAAAUCAUUUAUUAUACAGUACCUAAACAAUGUAUUCUAAAUUAUUAUUAUCUGCAUACUUAUAUAAUAAUUAAUUUUAGUGGAUUGAUUGUAAAUUACAUAUAGGCACUUAUAGUGAAGUAAAUUAAAAUUACGAUUAUCUUAAUUUGUUUGGACGGAAUAUUGUCAUUUAACAGUAAUUAUAAUAAUCCCUUAUAAAACUAUAAAAUGUAUAAUAAAUUCAUAAAUAUACUAUGAUGAACUCUGCCUCUGUUCAUUCUUAUUUAUUUCUGAUUUGUACAAAAUACAAUAGCUACCUGAAAUCAGUUACAGAUCUAUAUUUUAUAGAUACACAUAGUUCAUUUAAACAAGAAUGAUUUUGAAAAAGUAUCAUUUUUAUAUUCUUAAAGUAUUACUUCUAUUAGGUUUGUGUUAAAAUUACACAAUAACAACAACAUUAAUGAACAGACAAAAUUCUAAAUCAUUCUACAAACCAAUAUAUUCUUAUUUGAAUCAACUGUAUACAUCUUAUUCAUUAAAAUAUUUUGUCAGCGUACAAAUCAAAUUAUUAUAGUAAUUAAUACAAAAUGCUACUUAUCUAUGAAUUGCAAUAAGGCUAAGAUAAUAUCAGAUCUGUUAAGUUAUAGUCAUUACAUAAUAUUAUAUAUACAAAAUUAAAUUACAAAAUGCAUUUGGAAUAAAAUGUCUGCAAAACUUAUAAGAAUUUUUAAAAAUACAUAGAUUGGAUUAACUUAUUUCAAAUGGACCUUAUAAUUUCCUGUCUCAGUCUAAAUUUUGUGAUUUUGAUAAUAUAGUCUAAUAUCAAAACAAUAUCUUUUUCAAGAACAUUAUGCUUGUCAGGGCUAACAAUAUAAUUGAAUUAGAAUU